UCUCUCUCUCUCACUGUGCCCUUAUAUACCCCUCCAUUUCUCCCAUUACCUUCACAUCCACACCUUUCUUCAAACACACCAAACUCUCUCUUCUCUCCUUUUUCCUGUCUCUCUCCCUCUAGCCAAGUUAGGUUUCAAUAAACUCCAAUCAUGGCGAUAAAGAAGAACAAAGUGGCAGCGUCUCAAGUAGCAUCUCUAAAGACAAUCUUGAAGAGAUGCUCAAGUAUUGGAAAGAAGAAUCAAGGUAAUUGCUACUUCAAAGACGUGCCAAAAGGCCACUUCCCGGUCUACGUUGGGCAACAACGGAGUCGCUACGUGGUGCCAAUCUCAUGGCUAGCUCAUCCUGAGUUUCAGACACUCCUCCAAUUAGCCGAGGAAGAGUUCGGGUUCGAGCACGACAUGGGUCUCACUAUCCCUUGUGAUGAAGUUGUCUUUCAAUCACUCAUCUCCAUGUUCAGAUAGAACUCGGUCUAGAUAGAGAAUGAUAUAGCUCAAUUUUCAAGAUUAUGAUCUCGUUUAAGGUUUGUAAGGGACGUUUGAUCACUUUGCCAUGCACCUUCGAGAAACAAUAUAUAGGGAAUAUAUAAAUGUAUGACGAUUUAGGUUUUUUUCUUUGCUAAGAAGACGGAAUCAAGGACGGGCUGCGGGCACCGCGUCAAACAUCAACUCAAGAUUGUAGCUAUUGUGAUAUAUCUAUAUUAUUAAAAGAGAAGUACUCUUUUAAAAUACCCCAAAGUUUUUGAAGUUAUUUACAAUGGCAUGCCAUUGAGAAUUAAAUUGAAUUUCCUAUUUUAAUCUUUGUCUUUUUCAGUUAAAUUAAUGUUGUUUUGUUUCUUUCCUAUUUUAAUGUUUGUCUUUUUCAGUU